UCACGUGCGCAUACAAAAUUUAUAUACAUUUAUUAGUAUAUGUUGAUGCGACCAUACACGAGCUUACAGUGCUCAUAGGUUAUAAUUCAUUUAAUCAGUUUAUCAGUCAAUAAUGAGAAUGUGUUCGAGGCUUCAUUUUUUUUACACGAAUGAUCUUCGAUGUGUAAUAAUGUUAGAACGUGGUACUUCGUAAAAACUAAAAAAACACGACGACGUUAUAUCAACAAUAAUGUUUUGGAAAUCAAUCCUCUUGAUUUUUCUAUUUGUCGUAAGGACGCAAUGAGAUUCAGUGUAAAUAAGGCGUAAAUAAAUUUGUUAUUGCCUCCUCCAAAUCGUCGCCAUGGACAGUCCUGAGAAUGAGGAAAAGCUUGUCUUGGAGGCUGCAACGGUUUUCCUUUUAAUGAAAAAAGGCUUUCCAAUAUCACGCAAUGUUAGAGCUCAGUGGAUUCUAGAACAUUUGGAAACUGUGGUUUCCAUCCAAUUUUUCAAUGAAGAAAUUGAAGAAGCUCCAGAGCUUCAAAUCGUGUCUGUGUUACCAAGAAAUCCUCCAGCUUCUUGGAAUGUUCAAACCAACUUCCUUUAUAGAUACAAAGUGACCAAGUCUACCGGAGUCAUUUUUCUUGCUCACAAGUACAGGAUUGUUCUGUGCCUGGAUCUCAGUCCAUCAUUGGGGACAGUUGAUAUUCAGCAUGGAGAGAUUGUGAUAGACGAAGUGUAUUUGGCGACAAAACGUUUUCUAGAGAAUGUAACAAAGUCGUUCACAGUUCCAGGGAGCAGUGACCAUGUGAUGAGACCAGAAAUUCAUUUGACUGUGAUAGUGCACACUCCAUUUUUUACGAAUCCGGCCCAGCAAGUUUUGGUUCAGGGUUGGCUUUUAAACACGGAAAAUGUGGGAUAUCUUUUGGAGUUUAUCGAGAAACAAUUGAAUCUUUUAGAAAAGAAAAUAGCUCUCGUCUCAGGAAUGGCGAAUCAACAGCUGGAAGCAAUAAGAGCAGAAAGUGACCAACUCGUAGGUGGACUUUUUGAGGAAGCUGGCAGCAAUAUAGCAAUAAAUGCUGCUGGCUCUAUGGUGAAUGUUUCUAUGGUUUCACCGGAAGUGAGUUUCAUCAAUAUGCUCAGAUACGGAAUGCUAGCCCUCGCUCUUCUGCCAGAACACAGUUGUGCUCAUUUAAUCGUCAUUUCUGACGGCAUAGUCGGAGUAACGGAUAUUCAUGUUCUCGACUCAGUGGUUCAACAACUACGGGCGACAACCGUCGCCUGCAGCUUCAUUCAUCUCGGUAGCGCUUAUCAUCCACACUGCGCAAAUGGCCUUGUGCCCUAUGAAGAUUUACUGUCUUUUAUUGCAACCGCUACUCUUGGUACUUACAUGCCCUUCGUUCCUCAAGACACUCCAGCAUUUGGUGGAGAGAUGAACAUGUAUCAUCGAAAUUUCAUCUGUUGGCAACUGUAUCGAAACGAGAAUUGUGAACCUUCUGCAGAACCGAAAGUGUGGCGUACAGGAAAUUCUCUUUUUUACGGUCACCAGCGACCGCAAUUGUUGCGUAAAAAACAAAUAGACGACAAAGUAACGUGCAGUUUGAGCAGUUUGCUGUGCUGUCGAUUGCGCGAUGGUUAUCUCAUCAAAAGGGUCGCCAUAAGGGACGGUCUUCUCGAGAUUUGUUUUACCCUACCGUGGAAAAGUCACGUGUACCUUGAAUAUCUCGCUUCUACUUCUUGGCCUUCGAAAUCUUUGGCUGCGUCGAACACGGUACAAUACACAAUCACGAUCGAAGCUCCUUAUGAAUUUCUUCACGACAUCACGUGCCUUUCGAAAAAACCACUCAAGUCUCAGUAUCGUCAGAGCGUAGUUUCACGCUUCUGGUCGGCCUUAACAGCGCUCACCGAAAAUGACAAUAUGCUGGCUCACUUCAGUUGGUUUCCUGAAUUAGGAUGGACGUGGUACAAUGUUUCCGACACGAUAAGAAGCGGGAUGCCGGUUUUUUAUCUGCCUUCAUACCCAUCCGCAGGAAACUCGGUUCAAUUGAGCGAAGCAGCUUGUCCCCAAUUCGGUAAAAUUUGGAAACCGGUAGUCUCGUUGGAUCCUCAACAGUGGGCGCGCUGGAUGCAUUCUCAAAAAAUCACGUUAAUAUUGUCGCACGACAGACCAUUGCCAAAAUAUCUUCACCAAGCAAAUCAAAGCGGUAGAUUUCAAUGUGUUCAAUGUCGUCAAGCAGCCGCUGUGCUAUACGCGAUGUUGAAAAAUUGGUCGACCUUCGUGCUCGUUGAAAACCACACGUACGUCCAAUUCAUCUAUCGGGAAGCGGAAAAACCGCCCGUUUCGUUCUCCGUCAUAAGGAUCAACUGCAAAGCACUUUGCGUCGUUUUGAACGUCGCAUUUUCCGGAGGUACCGAAGGCGUCGUACGGCACAACGUCGUCGUCGACUUACUCGAAAGGCUCUCCAAACUCACGCUGCCAAAUCGACCCACCGAACAAAAUGAGACUCCUUGUUGCGCCAUUAUUCAUAAAGCUCUCGAGAGAAUUCUCAUCAGAUACGAGCGCGUACCGAUCGAUUUAAAUACCGUCAUUUUUCCCGAUGAUACACAACCAAUGCCUGUUCGAGGCACACAAAUUCCUGGCGGCGUUCUUACCACUACACUCUCCAGAUACCUUUACCAUAACCGAUGGUUGUGGAACGUGAAAAAACCACUCGUUCAAACUGUGCCUGGAAUCGUUUUACCACGGCUCAAUACUACCGCGAUCGCGAGAAUUCUUUCUACCAUUACAAAAAUGCGGUUAGCUGAAGGUUUCAGCUUCGCUUAUUCGUCAGCGGGAAUAAUAAACAUGGUAAUGGAAAUACAGAUGCGAGGCACCACCGAUAAUUGCUCUCAUACUUGUACUAUUCAGUACGUCCUAUUUCCGCCUCACGUUAUCACAAAUCCGACUCUCGAUCGUGACAGCGAUUCCGAUGACGAUACGGAUGAAGGAACGGCCGAUGGUGAAGUGGGAAACGAAGAGAACGAAGGCAGCGGUGAUUUUCAAAUAGUUACGGAAGUUUGGAUCGAACCGCAAUGCGGGCAAGCUAAAUUGCCAGCUCAGCCGACGGCCUCGUACAUCGAUAAUCUCACUUAUCAUCAAUUACCAGAUGCGAUAUCAUUGGUUGACGAGGAAUGCAUAAACGCUCUUUUGACGUUGGAGCAUCUGAGUUUAUUGAGCCAGGUAGAGCCGAGCGAAAAUAAUUCUGAAAUAAAUAAUGGUUAUCAGUACCAAGCAUCGCAGUAUGGUCAAACAAACGGUUGGCUAUCGAGCUCGAGAAUACCGAGGCAAUCGACCAUGUCCGAAGGCUUGCUGGAGGGUCUACCGAUUCCGGAUCAGAAAAUUCAUCCGAUGUUCUUUAAUUUUGAUACUCUGAGCAUUUUGCCAAAAUGCCAUCAGGCCGAACUGCUCUAUUCCAUGUUUGCAGAUGGACCAAAUUACACGGACGAGGAAAGAGACGAUGCCAAUAGUAUUCUUAUGGAUAUUUUGCUCGAACACAUGAAACGACUCCACAGUAAAGAACUUUUAUUCAACGAUCGAGAAUCGCAAAGGUUCACAGAGAUGUUGCUCGCAAGGCCGCGCGACGAUGGACCUUCGUUACCUUUUUCCCCAUAUCUAGACAAAAAGGCUCGGAACGAAAUACGUUGGAGGUGCUUUGUGAAAGGUGUCAGCGUGACUCAUGUGAUAAUCACGAUGAUACCAGCUUCGGACAAGGACGUAAAAUCGAUUAUGUCCUCGUGCGAAAACUCGGGUGAAGAUAUUGUCAGAUUGGGAAAAACGAACGAAUUGUUGGAGGCUUUGACACCGAUACGCGAAAUGAUUGACGAACGAACGAGAGAUUCUUUUUCGUCGGGAGACAGUCCGAGAAAAUCCAAGAUGUCGACGGACUUACGAAUGAGUGAUUUCGAUUUGAAUACUCCGAGUUUAACAACCACCGCCGAGAGCACUCCCAAAGUCGAAAGACGACGCAAUGUUUUUCCGAGUAAUGCUAAACCUCGCUUGAUACUUCCGGUUUACGUUUACGAUUGCUCGCUCUCCUUACUUAUCGAAGUUCUCAUUAACAAAGCAAGAUCUUCGCGAAUCAAGGACACUUACGAAGAUCACACUUUCACCCUUGGUGAACAGGUUCGCGAAGAUUAUGUCAAUCUCAAAUCUGGAAAUGACGUCAAACCUACGUCACCCGAACCGAAGAGCGAGGAUUCCGACAAUUUAUCGAACGAUCAGCGAAGCCUCAUGGAACACUGCAAGUUGCUCAGUCUCGCGCAUUGCCAUUGUUAUGUGGUUGCCGUGUACAAAUCGCUAGCCCUCCAAUUGCCUCUUUCUUACGAGGACAUGGAAGCUGCUGUUGAGCAGUGUGAAGAGGCUCUUAUCGAGAUAAAUAUAACGGAUUACUUGCGCACAGUUUGCCGGCAUCUUGGCAAUUCGUCCAACACCGAAUGGAGCACUAAUCUUGGUAGUUCGAUGUGCGUCGACGCUCAGCCACUGCACAAUCUUAUAAAGGAAAAAUUUCGACGAAUUAUUACCGUAGCUUUCGAGCCGGUUCCUGCUCAUCCGGAGUUUUAUUACUGCUCGCCGUCUCACAAUUCUGACAGAAUGGAUCAGAUGGAGUAUCAGAGAUCGGACAGCGAGGACGAUCUCGAAGGAUUCAUGUUCCAUUCGGAGACAAACGAUUGCAAAAUGGAAAAUCCAUCGGGCAAGGCGAAUCAAGUGACGAACGCAACGUGGCCGGCGUCGAACGUAGCGCAUGACGAAACAAAGAGGCCUUGCUACGAUUCUACAGAAUCGCUGAUAAGUGAUUUACGUGAGGACAUAAAUAGAACGAAGGAACAACCGCUUUUUUUACAACUGAGUUGUUCGGUACAUGUGAGAUCAACGCUUUCGAGUGUUCCCGUUAAAUUGUUACCGACGUGCCUCACAGAAAUUCGUCAAUGUCUGGACGAUUAUUUGGAUUGUAAUUCAGACGAUUUUAAGAUCACUCUCGACAUUAUUUGUCUAAAUUUACCGAAAGAUGUUUUGGAGAUUAAUCUCGAGCGCGGGAACGGUCCACUGCGUACGACUUCUUUUCGCAGUUCUUCUCCAGCUGGCAGCGCUCGCACCGAGAGUGAAAGCAGUCCGGGAAACGAUACCCAAAACUCCGAAAACGAACCCGCGAGAGAAAGAAUCGAUCAUCUACCAUUGCAUCAACACCACGCCAUCACAAUCCUCACUUCCGAAAUCGAGUGGCUUUUGAAAGAUGAAAUCGCCACUGCUCUCUUGGACAAAUCGCCACCGAGCGAAGAAACCCUUAAAUUCGUCGCCCAACACGUCUCUGAUUCUAACGAUCGCCCGAGUUGCCACAAGGAUAAAGUUCCACUUCAAUUUGUUUACUCGUCGAACAAUAGCUCACCCAAAUUUUACGAAGAACUCCAAAAUCUGCGAAUCGAUCGUUACUCUAUAAGACAAACAUCUAACUUUUUCUAUCUCAUCAAAAAUCCAGUCAUUUCGGAAACCGGACCUUGCGAGGAAUCAAGCGAGAUUAGUAGAAACGAGAACGAGGAGCCGACGGGUAAAGAGGAUAAAACUGGUGGAAUAUUUUUGGAUAUGGAUGAUCCAACCAGCGUGUCUCAUGACGCGAACAGUCGUACGAGCAAACAGGAUUCUGGUGAUCCGCCAGGCUGUAACUCUGAGAUUUCGAGCAUAGGAGACGGUCACCCCGGAACGGAUGAUGGCUAUGAGGGUGACAGCAGUAAUUCCGAGGACGAUUGCAAUUGGCUCGUAGAUCUUGACGAACAAAGAACUCUUUUACCAAAUUUCUGGCUGAUUCUCCAGGUUAACAACGAUAACGUUGACAUUUACUUCCAUUGCAGGUUUCUGGAAUUCGUAUCUUUGGAAGUGGACCGUUAUCGUCAAGUACAAAAAAUGGUUGUCGCCCAAAUAACAGCGAUAUGUCGUCGAGUGAACCAAUAUUUGUUGCUGGAGAGUUUGAACGAUACGAAAAAUUGCGAUUCGUUAUUGGAAGCUGAGUCUCCGGAGGAUCCUUCGUGGCGAGGAGAAUCAACGACCGAGUCGGCUGGACUAAUUCCGAACAAUGAGAACGCAUCGAGCAUGACACCAGGAAUGUUUCGCUGUCCGAGCGUCUGGCAGGUGACAUUUUGCCUGCAUCCGCACUUGAAAACCGGACCUGGAAGGUCGGGUUUAUCGAGAGGGAUAAAAGCGUUGCACGGAGUGUUGAACCGUUUUUCGGUGAACAAUCGAAGCAACAUGUUCGUUUACCGGGAGAACAAGGCGAAUGUUUUUUACCUGAGAUUGCACGAGCAAACGAGCAAUGGCAAACCAUUGCAAAAUAAAUUGUCCGAGAGUGAUGAACGUUUGAUGGUAUCGCGGAGUAGCAGCGUCGCGUCUCUGUCACAAGCUCGUGCAACGAGUCUUCGAGUUGACCAAACGAAAACAGCUGACACGAGGCCGAGAGUUCGUUCUUUCGGUGAGAAAGACUCGGAUUAUCUCAACAAGUCGGACGAUUCAAUCGUUCUCGUGGUCCAUGGAAUAUCCGAACCUGGAUUGGAAAUAAAAAAAGAGCUAAUACAAGUUUUACAAAAUCGUCUGGACGACGCAGUUCUCGAAGUCGUUUCGGUGAUGCUGGCCAGGAAUCCAAUGUGCAAACUCACACCGGCUGACGUUCAUUUCAUUCAGAAACCAUACAGAUCACCUGAAAGUUACAUUCAAUUGUCUGUGCAACCUCAUUGUUUGCCACACAUGGACGCACUCGCUUACUACCUUCGACAAAAUAUCCUUCAGUUCUUGUACAUUCCGAAGUACACGGAUCCCCGAGCUCACUAUCAUUUACAAGAUUAUUCACAGCCGGAGGGUUCGAGUUUACGAGUCGUCGAAAACGAUAUUUUUCUCUACAAUCAAAGCCACUCAAGCGGUAGUCGUGGAAUCGCUUGUAUAGCUCUCGCCAUUGCUGAUUCCUCCGUCGAUCAAUCACUCCGCGAAAAACGUGAUUUUCCAGCUUUCUUGAGGAUUCAAGACUUCGAGAAAAUCGUUUCGACCACGCCAUACGAAGCUGAAAAUCGUUCAUCUUCAGUUCCCGGUGCACCGAUCGAAUUUCGUAUCUGGAAACAGGGCCGAGUCAAUUUGGACACUUUGGUUGAUAAAUUACGAUCAGCCAUAAAACAUGCCACGUGGGAUUUAAUAACAGAGUACAAUCUUUUGCCAACCGCUUUGACUACGUCGGAAAACGAUGAUGAAAAAUGCGAAAGGGAGCUAAAAACUUCUGAGGAAAAUACCUCGGGUGUGGUUAAUGAAGAAUUUGAUAAUUACGAACUCGGAGAAGAAGGAAAUUUGCACGAAAUUUAUCACAUGACGAUGGCACACUGGUUUCAGUUUGCUCUCGAAAUGGGUGUGUCUUCGGUCAAAAAGCACAUUGUCAAUUUUCAAAAUAGACAUUCUAUUCCCACUAUUCUCAAAGAACUUCAAAAUCUCAUUCGCACAAACGCUCCGGACACCGCAACACGAGCUUUUGUUCUUCGUACACGUCAACCAUUCGUCCUCGAUGAAUUAUUGCCCGCUGAUGGAUUACUGGCUUUCAAUCCUACCGAGAUAUCUACAGAAAAUGAUGAAUUACGUGCCACCGUUGUCACUACCGAUGGCACCGUACAGCCUCUCGUUUACGUGCCUUGCAACCUGACCAAAGAGUCCACGGAAACUUACACAAAAUCAAUCAUCGUAGCACGCAAUUUUAAUCAGUGGAAAUCUACUUUCAGUAAAACUGUCGAGUCUGAAAUACUCGUGCCGAAAGAUCAAAAGUUACUACAAAAAUUCAAUCCACUGAUACAGGAGUCGAAAUAUGUUCCGCGACAACGUCUUCUGCUAGCCAAAAUCCAAAAUGACAAUUUUGUUCUGUACAUGUAUAAUUGGUCGAAGGAGAGAUCGGAAAAGCUCAUAAAACAAGCGACUAAUUUGGGGACGUGGCUGUCCUCGAGGUCUACACUGUUGACGAAUAUAACUAUGCAGAAAUUGGGGAUAUUUCAUCACCAGCCGGUACAGCAAACUUAUCGACGAGAUGAGAGCGGUUCGCAAUAUUGUCAGAAUACAGAUAUUGAGAGUCUAGUGAAAUUCACACAUGUUUCAUCCACCGAUGGAAAAGAAUGGUCAAGAGCUGCUAAUCGUGGCCAAAAUUUGACGAAAAUUGGCCCCCAUCAUCAUUCUUGGGAUCGAAUUGCUGGACAAUCGUUGAGAGAUGCUAAACCCAAUCCUCACUAUCCUCAAAAUGUUGAUUCCGUUGUCAAAGCUGCUUAUGAUCUGCAGGAUGUUCAGCAACGUGAAAAAAAAUCAAAAGAGGAACUGACGAGACUAUACGCAAUGUGGCAAAGUCGAAGUUCAGGCCCCAAUAUACCAAUAUCAUCGGUGAAUUUGUGUGCGUUCAAGCAACAUUCACGUUUGAUUCAUUAUUGUCACACGCCACUGCUGUUUUUGCCUCAGUGGAGAUUGCAAUCGGCAGCUACGAGAGAUCACUCCUUGACACCGGUUUCUUCAUUAUUUCCAUCGGCCCUCACGCAGCACCAAUUGUCCCAACAAAGUCCUUGGAAAAUGGAGCCUGGCUCGAGCAGCAAGGACAACAUUUUAACCGCUUGGCAUCAACAAUUGUGCACCUCCAUGCUUAACGAGUACAAACAGUACCUGCAAGUUCUGGGAUUCAAUCCUGUUCAGAUAGACGAAGGACGACAAGACGACACGGAGCCUAAUCACAGUCAAAACUAUUACCUGAAAAAAUCGAUGCUCGGUGGCGUUCUUCUAUUCGAAAUUCACCUCGCGGAGCCUUUUUUCAUUGCGAAACUUCGUAUCGUCGAAUGUAGUAGGCUUCAAACGAAAGCCAGCAGUGCUCUAGUCAAUCAGUUUAUGCUGAGCUUCGUGGAUGCCUGCGAUAAAAUAAAGGUCAAUAUGCAUCUCCACUCGUUCACUUACGAUUUUCAUCUGCGCUGCAUUCACUCGUACAUCGCGGGCACGGGGCAAUGGUCUCUGCAACAGGGAUAUCAUCUCACACGAUUUCUCGAUGACUUUGUCAAAUAUUACAGCAAAGCACCGAAUUAUGCGAGAAAUCUGGUUCACAGUGACGUCAUCACAGUGAGUAAUUUGACAACGCCGGCUCAGACCCUCUACUCAUACCUGCUCUCUCACGAGAAAACUUACGGAAUGCAAGUAUUUGGGAUGGCUGAAGAAUCGUUGGAUUCUCGGGACAGCGAGUACGUUUUGGUGCGUUUGCAGAGCACAUCUCUAGUCAGUUAUUGCGACUCCCAGGACACAAAGUACACGGAUGAUUUCGACGUAGCGCUGAUAGUUUCGCGGUUGGAGCAGCCAGCGCACAUCGAAAAAUCGGAGAUAACUUUGAAGUACUAUUUGAUGCUGACGAGCAAGAGAGAAUUAUAUCCAAAGAGGGAGGUGGAAAACAACAAACUGGGAAAGUUUCGUACGGUGUACAACGUCGAGAGGUCGGAAACGAGUUCCCAGAGCGACAGCGUUCCCGAGUAUAAUUCGAAUUCGCAAGUUUGCCAAGGGGCACGAAAGAAUUCGGUGAUUGAGGGAAACUUGUCAGGACUGAAUGAGGACAGUCAGGAAUCAAUCGAUUCGACGAAGUGUGAAAACUCGUGGCCGGAAGACGAGAGAGAUGGGGCUUGUCAAUCCGUCGCUCCCACACCGCCGCCUGUGCCGAGUUCUCUCAUUCAAAACACCGGGCCAUCCGUGACUCCCGAAACUACGAGCUCCCCUCAUCCAGGACAAAUUCGCCAAGAAUCCAUCAAUUAUCUCGGCUAUUAUUCGUCCCACGAGCAACUAAUGCAACAACUCAUUACGACUCAAGCUCGCACAGCUCGUGAUCAUAUCACUGAUAUGAUUGAACGUGGCAGCUUACACUGUCGAACUCAUUUGCUCUGGAAUAAACUUUUGGAGAACAAAUCGACCAUGAAUUACACCGAGUUUAUGGAGCUUAGAUCGCUCGCACGCGUCGAACCACUCUCGUCUAUAGACUCGAGAUUAAAUCCUCUAGUUAAUCAACCCAUAUCUUGGUACCAAGGCUUGGCCAAAGUUUUGCAAAACAAGUAUCAGGAACACCACAAACAAUUCAACAGUCCUGAUGGCAGCGUCACUCAUCAUCUUAUUCUCCAUCCGAGUUACUUGCAAGCUUUUAUGAUGCUCACUAUUGACCUUCAAACUUCGCGAGGAGAGCUUUACGCCGUGUAUAGAAAAUCUGCUGAAACGUCAAUAACGCCUUUCAACGUAAACGAAGUGUACAGCUUAGUGGAAGGUUUCGUGAACGCCUGUUGUUUUCACUUGUGGAUUGGCCUGUACAGUCAAUAGCGACCGAUCGACGAACACACCGAAACCGAGAAGAAAAGAGAAGACUCGAAUGAUAUUAAAUCGCACAUGUUGUACUUGUAAAUCAGAAAUAUAAAUAUAUAUUUUCUUGUU